AUGCGUAUCUUCUCUGCCUUGAGCAGCCUCCUUCUGGCCGGAGCUGUCGCCGCCCAGAGCUCCGACUGCUCGCCCAAGUCCGGUGAUGUCCAGACUCUUCAGUUCGCCUGGGCUCUCCAGCAUCUGACCGAACGCUUCUGGUCGUCUCAAUCUCUCAACCAGACUUUCCUGAAUAAUGCCACCAACGCGUCCACCGCCAACUAUGACGCUAAUUUCAAGGGCAUCACACGAGAGAACCGUCUGGGCAUCCGUGCGGUGCAGCAGGUUGCCAGCGGCCUCUCCAACUUCACCACUCCUCGUUGCAACUUGACCAUCCCGCAAGCCAGGGAUGCCGAUAGCUUCCUCAAGAACGCCCUGCAGGUUGAGCAGACCGUCGCCGGCGGCCUCAUCGGCCUAGCCGCCUACACCCAGUCUCCUGAGGUCUCCUUCCUCCUGGCCCGUCUGGCUGCCCAGCACAGUGCCCAAGCCGCCUACCUCGGCUCUGAGCAGAACUCCACCUUCUUCCCCUCGAACAGCACCUCUUUGGUUCCCGCCUACACCCCCGACCAGAUCCUCAAGGCCAGCAACCAGACCAGCAACCAGACCGGCCUGCUGGGUACCUUGCUCAGCAAUUGCGUGACUGCGCCCUCCGGCCCCUGCGGCCAGAAGGUCAAUAUCGGGCCCUUGGUCGCAACCCUGAACUCCACGAGCACUAGCGGUGGCAGUUCUAGCUCUGCUUCCCCCUCCAGCACCGCUACGGGCACCGCUACGGAGACAUCCUCCACUGCAUCCUCGACCAGCACAUCGACGGCCAGAAGCAGGAAGUACUUCUAA